AUGGCUGGAAUUUGGACAACAGAAAAAGAGACAUAUCUACUUAAUCUGCUAUGUUUCUAUAGACCGCGGAGUGAGGUUGAAACCAUAUUUUCUUCUAUAAAGGAUAAAUUGAAUGAAAAAUUCGGAGAAGGCGAUUUUGACCUAGAGUCUGUGCAGAAAAAAGUAUAUGAAUUCUAUGACCUGAAGCAACUAGAGAAAAUGGAGUUGAACGAGGUGACAUCGGAACAAAAUAUCCUUGACAAGGAGCAAAGCAAUUUGGAAAAUGAUUUGGUUUCUGAAAAUGGAGAAUUAGCCAAAACCGUUGAGGAGCAAUCAGCGAAAAGAGAAAAACAUGUGGUUAUUGAUGAAGAUAAGAAUAAAGUGUUUCAAGAAGGAGAAAAAGUUGAACAAACGACGAACUUAAGUGGUGAAGACAAGGAAAGGAAAAAGGAUAAAGAGACAUUAUCGGCAAUGAAGUCUGAACCUGAAAAUGAUAAAACAGAUUUAUCAGGCUACAACCAAGAAGAAAAGUCUCCAGCCGUGGAAAAAGAAGCAGAAGCACAAGAAAUCAGUAAGGAAGAAGAGAAACAGAAAGAGGAAGAGGAUGAACCCGCACAUAUAACUCGGGCCCAAGCUAGGAAAUUGCAUAUUAGUGUCGAAGAUGAGAUCCCCAUUUCCAAGAAACCAGCCAAAGAGGAACUAAAACGCAAGGAUAAGUUGGAAUCUGUUAUUGGUGAAGACUCCGCACUAAGCAAGAUGUGUGAAACUGUGGAAGACAAUAGUAACGCCAGAAAUCCUAGAGAUGCAAAAGUUGUCAAAUCAGGUGAGGUAACACCACGCCGAAGUUCCAGGUUGCGAAGAAAGUCAGACGUUGGAUUUGAUGACAACAUUGAAAUGUCAAAUAUUGGAAAGCGGACACGGAGUGCAUCAGCAACUAGGCAACAAAGUGAUGCUGAAAAUGAAGGUGAUGGACCUAUGGGUCUGAGUGAGUCAAGUCGGAAGAGCCACACUUCAGAAUUAGCUGCAUCUUCAAGAGGUACUAGAAGUAGACGAAAAGAAGCCAACGAGCCAAGUGAAAUGGAACAAGAUGAAAUUAAAGAUAAAUCUUUAAAGGAAGAAGAAGAAGAAAAGAAAAAAGGGAAUGCCGAUAGUCGAGAUCAAGUUGGUGAAACCAACGAUAAUGUUUCUGAAAAGGUCGAAGACAGUGAUGAGCCUGAGAGUAAAUUGAGAAGGUCUUCAAGAAAAAGAAAGGUUGAAGAGACUCUGCUUAAUACAAAAAGGCAAAGGAGUUCGUCGGGAACACCAAAUAAGCGGCGCUCUGGACGGAGAGGAAAAACCAAGUCGCCAACACCCCCAAAAGAUUCCGAUGCUGAAGAAGAGACAGGAAUAGCCACCAGAAGAACUCGUCGCAGAACAAACCAGCAGGAGUAG